AUGAAGAAUGAAAGUUCUUCUUCAUCCUCAUCAAAGUUGGGAUUUCCAUCUAUGAAAAAAGAAAUAGAUUAUGGCAGGAUCCUAUACCCGCAAGAAUAUGUAUACCACAGCAUUCCUUCACCAACUUCAUCCGCAUCUAAAUUCGUGCCAACUAUGGAAGAAGAAAUAAAUUAUAGGCAGAGACGUUGUUACUACAGCGCUUCAUUAACAAACCGAUCUAAAUUCGUGCCAACUAUGGAUGAAGUUUUUGAGUGGCAUGAGCCGGAACCUGAACUUGAUCCCGUAUCAAAGAUCCAUGAUGUGUUCUUAAGUUUUAGAGGAGAAGAUACUCGUGCUACCUUUACUUCACAUCUCUAUACUGCUCUUCAGAAUGCUGGAAUUAAGGUUUUUAUUGACGAUCAUGACCUUCAAAGAGGAGAUCACAUUUCACCGUCAUUAUCACUAGCAAUCCAACAGUCUCAGAUUGCUAUAAUUGUUUUCUCCAUAAAUUAUGCCGAUUCACGAUGGUGUAUGGAUGAGUUGGUAAAGAUAAUGGGGUGUCACAGAACCCUAGGACAGCUAGUUGUGCCAGUGUUUUACCAUAUAGAUCCCUCUGAAGUGCGUCGUCAGAGAGGCCAGUUUGGAGAAGGCUUUCAACGUCUUUUGAAAAAAAUUAUGAACGAGAUGGAAUUCUUUCAGGCAUGGAAGUUGGUGAUAAGUUGGAGAGCUGCGCUUUUUGAGGCAGCUAACAUAGCAGGGUUUGUAAUACUAAACUCCAGGAAUGAAAGCGAUGAUAUCAAAAGAAUUGUUAACAAAGUUUCACAUUUGCUAAACAAGACUGACUUGUUCGUUGCCCACAAUCCUGUGGGAGUUGAAUCUCGAGUGCAAGAAGUGAUUCAACUUCUUCAACCCGAUCUUCAAACAAAGAAAGUUCAACUACUUGGGAUAUGGGGCAUGGGGGGAAUUGGCAAAACAACUAUUGCAAAAGCCAUUUACAAUAAAAUUGGCUGCCAAUUUGAAGGUAGGAGCUUCAUUGCAAAUAUUAGGGAACACAAUGAGAAAAGUGCUGAACUAGUGGGUUUACAAGAGCAACUUCUAUUUGAUAUCUUCAAAGGAACAACAAUGAAGAUACCAAAUAUUGAGUCAGGAAUGAACACAUUACAGUGUAAAUUAAGUAAAAAAAAAGUACUUAUUCUACUCGAUGAUGUGAAUACGUUAGAGCAAUUGAAUACUUUCUGCGGAAGUUCUCAAUGGUUUGGUCCAGGGAGUAUAAUAAUCAUCACAACCAGAGAUAUGAACUUACUUGGAGGGAGAGUUGACAAAUUAUACAAAAUGACUAUAAUGAACGAAAAUGAAUCAAUUGAGCUUUUUUGUUGGAAUGCAUUUAAGCAAGUGACUCCUCGAGAAGAUUUUGCUAACAUUUCCAAAAAUAUAGUUGAAUAUUCUGGGGGAUUGCCACUAGCUCUCGAAGUCCUUGGAUCUAAUUUGUUUAAUAAGAAGCUAUUAGAGUGGGGAUUUGUGUUGGAGAAACUCAAAAGAAUUCCUAAUUGUCAAGUGCAUAAGAAGUUAAGAAUAAGUUAUGAUGACUUAAAUGAUGAUGACGUGAAAGAAAUAUUCCUUGACAUAGCUUGUUUCUGUAUUGGGAUGGACCGAAAUGAUGUGAUACUUGUAUUAAAUGAUUGUGGACUUUCUGCAGAAAUUGGAAUACGGGUUCUUGUUGACCGUAGCCUUGUGACUAUUGAUGACAAGAACAUGAUUGGAAUGCAUGAUUUGCUGCGGGAUAUGGGAAGAGAAAUCAUUCGUGAGGAAUCACCAAGGGUGCCUGAAAAGCAGAGUAGGUUGUGGUUUCCGAAGGAUGUCAUAGAAAUUUUAUCAAGACAAACGGGGAAAAAAAGUGUUAUGGGAUUGGCUUUGAAGUUGUCUAGGGAAAAUGCAAAAUGUUUUAGCACCAAAGCAUUUCAAAAAAUGAAAAGGCUCUACUUGCUUCAACUUGCAGAGGUAAAACUUGAUGGAGAUUUUGAACAUGUUUCAAGAAAUCUGAGAUGGCUGUUAUGGGAUGGAUUAAGUCACAUACCUACAAACUUCUUUCGAGAAAAUUUGGUUUCCAUCGAGUUAAAGAACUGCAAUGCGGAACUUCAAUGGAAUAAGACUCUGAUGAUGGAGAAGCUGAAGAUUCUCAAUCUUAGUCAUUCUCACCAUCUCACACAAAGUCCUGACUUUUCAAACAUGCCUAAUCUUGAAAAGCUAAUACUUAAAGAUUGUCCAUUGUUGUCUGAGGUUUCUCCUAGCAUUGGACAUCUCAAGAAAAUUCUUCUAAUAAAUUUGGAAGAUUGUAUUAGCCUAUGCAGUCUCCCAAGAAGCAUAUAUAAGUUGAAAUCUCUGAAAACUCUCAUUCUUUCGGGUUGUUUAAAGAUUGAAAAGUUGGAAGAUGUAGAACAAAUGGAAUCUUCAACCAAAGUUCCCUUUUCAGUGAUAGGGUCCAAAAGCAUUGGAUAUAUUUCUUUGUGGAACUAUGAAAGAUUUUCAUGUGAUGUGUUUUCAUCUAUAAUUUGGUCUUGGGUGUCACCAACAUAUAGUCUCCCCUCCCAAUUUCAAACAUCUACUAUCAUGUCAUCUCUUGAUAGUUCUCAAGAACUAUCAACUUUUUCUAACUACCUUCCGAGGCUUCGAAGUCUUUGGGUGGAUUUCAAAUCUGAAGAUCAACUUGCUUUACAUGCUAAAAUAAUUUUGGAUGCUUUAUAUGUCACAGUUUCUAAGGAUUUGGAAUCAACUGCAACUACAUCACAAUUAUCAAGCAGUAGUCAAGUGCAUGUUUUAGGAUCAAUACAUUGCUUGAAGUCUCUUUUAGUUCAAAUGGGAAUGAAUUGCCAAGUCACUAAUUUUCUGAAAGAGAAAAUUUUACAGAACAUGGAUGUCAAUGAGAGCGAUGGUUGUUUUCUCCCCGGUGAUAACUAUCCAAAUUGGAUAACCUUUUUUGGUUCUGAAACCUCUUCUGUAACCUUUCAAGUCCCUCAAGUGGAAGAGCGUAACUUGAAUACAAUGAUGUGCGUUGUCUAUACUUCCACUCCAGACGACAUAGCAUCCGAUGGGCACCUUAAAAGUGUGUUGGUGAAAAAUUACACAAAGAGUACCAUUCAGCUUUAUAAGAGAGAGACAUUAGCCUCCCUUGAAGACGAGGAGGGGCGGAGGAUAGUAUUGAGCAUGGAACCCGGUAACAAAGUGGAGGUUGUCUUUGUUUUUGAGGAUGGUUUCAUUGUGAAGAAGAUUGCAGUUUAUCUAGUAUAUGAUGAACUGGUUGGUGAAAAACUGGAGCUACAUCAUGUACCUGAUCUGAGAGGCAUUGUUUGUAGAGAUGACGAAAAUGAAGCUACUGAAGAAGACUUCAAUCUUAACAGAAAGAAGAAAAGUCGAGUGAAAUGA